AUGGCCGGUUUAGGGUUUAAAGAGAAAUUAUUGACAAAAGAUGAACUUGCAAAGUUCAAAGAGUCACCGAUUUAUUUAGCUAUUUUAGGAAAAGUUUAUGAUGUAACUGAGGGAAAACGGCAUUAUUGUAAAGGUGCUGGGUAUGAAGGAUUUUCAGGUCGAGAUGGAACGAGAGCUUUUAUUACUGGUGAUUUUACUGAAGCUGGUUUGAUUGAAGAUAUUCGUGGUUUAACUCUACCUGAAUUCUUGGGUCUUCAUGAAUGGCAACAGAAAUAUGAUAAAGAUUACACAUAUAUAGGUAAAGUUAUAGGUGAAUAUUAUGAUGAAAAAGGACAGCCAACUGAAACUCUUAUUGCUUUUAAUCAUCAUUUAAAAGAAGCUUUUGCUGAGAAAGAUUUAGAUGCCUUAGAUAUGAGUUUAUUUCCACCUUGUAAUUCAGAAUGGACUGAAGCUACAGGAAAACGAAUAUGGUGUACAGAGUGGAGUGGUGGUAUAAGAAGAUCAUGGGUUGGAUUACCACGAGAAUAUUUACGUGCUGGUAAAACACAACCAAGAUGUGCCUGUGUUAAAGAUAUAGGUCCUCCAUCCAGUCAACCUGAUUCCAAAAAUCAUAAAAAUAAUGGUGAUUUAGACAAUCCAUCUUUAAAAGUAUAUUCUGGUUGUGAUCCUAAAGCUGUUUCCUGUUCCUUUCCAAGUUGA